GCUUGCACGUGCAACCCGCUCAACAGCUGAAACAAGAAGUUUCGUCUUUUUGAUAUCAAUAAUUGUACAACCGAUCGUUGGUAAUGAAGAGCCUCGAGGAGCUGCUGCAGACGCACAGAGGCCGGGACGUGCUUGUUCGGACUUUGGGUUACGCUUGUCUUUUGAGUAGCGGCCUUACAAGAGGAAGUUUAUCAAAAAAGUUGAAAGUCGCAAGCUCGGAGUUUAGCCACUGCCGUGUGGUGUGCAGACUUCUCGACGAUUGGCCAAUGUUGCAGUACAGUUUAUCUUACGGUAUUGGAAAGCAUGAGAACGACACCACACUCCAGAUCUUGGGUGUCCUGAAGAAUAUUGCUGACCAAGCGUUUUAUCCUAUUGAGCACAUCUCGUGGUUGUGCAACAACAAAAUAAUUUUGCUUGAUGGCACCCGCUGGGACACUGCAGGCACAGUGUUGUGGGCCAUCUCCCUGUACUGUGGAAUUGCAAGAUCGCUUCGAACUAUUAACAUCCUGCAAAGAAAGCGAGAAAAAUUGUCGAGUGUGAAAGGCGACAGUACAAGAGCUGAAUGUGAUCUCCUUGCUAAGGAGCAGCUGGGCCACAUGUUGGGUGUCCUGCGGAAUGUAGCUGAUCUCGUCAAUGCCAUCAGCUGGCUGCCGUGGCAGUUCCUCUGGGCAGGCAAGCUGAAGCCCUGGCACAAUGGGCUGCUAGGACUACUCUCUUCUUUUGUUUCCCUGGCCUCCCAGUUGCUACUCUGACAUGCUGUUGUGAGGUUGUUGUGAUGUGCAUGCACCAGGUUGUUGGGUCCAAAGAAGGGUGUUCAAAAUGGGAGCCCACUGCAUUUAAAGGGGCCCUGAAUAGAAACACUAAAUCAGUUUGGACCGAUUAAGUAUUCUUUCAAAAUGUUAUUUUCAUUAAAUCUGUAAUAAGAGGUUAAUUACCCCAUGGGGAAAUGAAAGCAAAACUUCAAUUUUUUUCAAAUGCGUAAGCAUUUCUAUGCCUACCCAAUGAGGAAACCUGUCAGUUGCGUAAGAUGAAUCACUAUAAAGAAAAUAAUGUAUAAAACAUUGUUUCUAUGAAGGCUUUGUUCGAACUAAAGCCAUCCCUAGAACCACGCGUAGAGCUGACUUGGUUCAUUUUAUAAAUCAGGAAAAUUAAGAUUUUGCAAAAAUUUAAUGCCAAACACGCCACAUCCCCAUUGCAUUUCAGUUCCAGGAUGCGCCUUCCAUUGGGGCGUUCUGUCACUGUCCAAAAUGCCACUGAUCACGCACACCAUGCUGAUCACCACGCUUCACACCACGCAACGCAGACAGAUAAGCAGUCAAUGACUUGAUAAGGAUGAUAAGGAGUCAUGAGGGGUUAUAUGGGUUUCAUCACGGUUGAUAAUGGUUUGAUGCAGAUGGAUAAGGUACUAAAGAGUGAUAAGGGCUUAUAAUGGUUGGAUCAAUUCAGAUAAUGUUAAUAAGCACUGAUAACGGUUGAUAAGGGCCAGAUCAAGUUUGAUGAGGUUGAUAAGUACCAAUAAUGGUUAAUAAGGCUAAGAUCAUGUCCUAUAAGGUUGACAAGGACAGGUAAGGCUUAGACAACUCCCAGAGGGGUUUCUGCAUUAAUUUUUUUUUUAUUUUGUGCUGAAGUGUCGGCGCCGAUAUGUCAGUGUGGCAUCACGGAUUUCAAAGUAUUUUCUUGUAAUUGGACUGUACUUGUGGCAGUAAAUGUUCUCAAAACUUGCCAAGUUCAGUCUUUGGCUCCCUAGCUUAGAAUACAAUGUAAUUAAACUUUUCCCUGCAGAGGAUGAGCCAGGCUAGUCAUUAAAAUUUGUACCACUCCUACUGCGGACAAGUUAAACUCGUCCAUACGGAAACCUGCAAGCGCAGGUUUGGCUUCACUAUGCAUAAGUCAGUUCGGGCAUACUUUAUACAGACAUUCAUCAAAGUCUGUUAUAGUGCAAAGAAAUGUUUUCUCACCUAAACUGAGUUCUGCAGUGAAGUUUUUGUUAAUACUGGGGUUAAGCAGACUCUCAGCUUUUUUUUGUGUGUGAUAUAUAUUUUUAAAGCCCUUUUCUGGAACAAAGAUAUUCAGUAGUAUAUUGGGGAUAUUUCUUUGCAUGUAUGUUUGUUUGAACAAAUAAAAGCAAUUGGUAUAUUUAGGUCGUUCUUGCAGAGAACGCCUGGUAGUGAAAGGGUCAACCUUUAGUGGUAAAAAAUUAGCAAGGCGCAUGCAGAUGCCGUCAAAAUCAAUGACGUCACGGUGAGCUAGUGCGGAACUUUGCACGUGGUGGUGCCAUCUGUCUUUUGUUCUUGAAUCUCCUGUCUUAUCAAGCCUCCUUCCACACGAAGCGUAGCUUUUCUUGGUAUUGUAGAAGCAUAGUUUGCUAGGAUAGCCUAAGUUAUUUUUCUUUUUAUUGUCCCUUUGAUCUGAUUGACAACCUACUACAACCUGUGGCCAUUUAUAGCCUCCAGAAUGCAACAAAAAACCAACUGUUACUCAUUGAUAAUGGGCUGAUAAUCCCUUUCAGCUGGCCAACUAGGUUUACAUGGAAAACUUGCUUUUAAGUCCCCUCACCAUUUCACAUUGCAAACUUUUGUUGUGCACUGGAAGUUGUAAACCACUCAAUGACAAACUGUCUACUGUGAUAACUUUGUAUUAAAAAGGGUUUAGCAAUGUAGCAAACUUAAGCAAAUGAAAUGUUGUAAGGGGGGGUUUGAGGAGGCAAACUGCUGUCCAUGUAGCAGGGAUUUUUCCAUUGCCUUGAUCAGUGUUCACAAACAAAAUUCCUCUCGUGCUUUCUCACCCAUCAGAACCGAGUGCUCCUUUCUUGUUUAUGUCGCAAGCGUAUUUGUUUUCUUCUUCCUUUCUUUUUCUCUCUGCCCCUUCUCCUGCAUGGUGCAUUUGUAGUGGUAGUUUUGUAGCAUCUCACCAGAGCCCCUGUGUUGGUUGGGUUGUUACUGGCUAUUUAUAUGCUGUUUAUGACUAUUUAGGCAUAUUUGUCACUGCAUGAUUUAUGCACCAUGCUUGUUUGUUUGCAAUGCCCACACCUGGUGAAGGGCUGUUUAAGAGAAGCUUCACUUCUUUCAUGUAAUUUCAACUGGAAUAUUAGCUACCCACAUGUGCUUUUUAACCUCUGCUGGCACAUUCCUGUCUCUUAAUGUGCACUUCUUAUGUGCUUGGUUUCACUUUCUUGUGCAAAAUGGUGUAAAAGUCCUGAUGCGAGUGUGAUUUAAGUUAGCACUUUUAUCAGCCUUAACAACUGGUUUCUUUUGAGCACAUCAUUAGCUAUAAAUGUCCAAUUGACAUUGGCAGCUUAACAUUGAUAAUUAGAAAAUUAAUUAGCACAUGUUAGUUAAAGCUGUCAGAGAGUUUUCUCUUGUUUUCCACUACUAUGAACCUUUGCCAGAAAAAGUUAUCAUUGUGUCUAAAUCGCUUGUGUUUAAUAAUUAUAGACAGUAAUGUCUUAAACAUCUUGUGCACUCUUUACUUAAGUUUACUUGUUGCUGCUUUGCAGUGACUCUUGCCACAUUUUAAAUUCUUAUACUUACUUUUGUGUUAGGCAAAUACACACAUUGGCCUCAUGUAUGUGAUGACAGCACAGUACCAGUGACACUUUCUGUGCAUUUUUGAUAGUCACCACUCUUAGUGUUUUAGUGGCACAACAAUGUUGAUUCACAGUGAGAGAGGCUGGUUGGCACUUAUAGCCAUACUGAAGGGUUCAUGUUAUGUAUUCGGCAAUUAGAGGCACUCUGAGAGCUCCAGAGAGCUUGCAUCUCUGUGCGGGCAAGCAGACGAAGUCCCCUUGCAGUGUCCAUUUUCGCCAAAAGAAUAGGCAGUUCCUUCAUGAGCAGACAAAUGCUUAUCUUUACCGUAUUGGAAUGGCCGAUAGUCCAAUUGAGUACCUGUUAUGUACCUGUCAUUGCACAACAUCCGCUGCCUAUCUCCAUACAACUUUAAGCUACCUGGACUUCCAACCAUUUUCCAAGUCAGAAAUACUGUGGCUGCAACUGUUGUUGGUACAAAAUGCUUCCUGCACACUAGCGCAUUUCUUGGAAGUGCAGUGGCCUGAGUGACCAUUCAUAGUCCGCCUGCGCAUACGCCUGCAUGUGAACAGUACUCCAUCUCCCUUUUUCCAUCCUCCUUUUUCCUUACCCUCAGUGUAAGGUAUCAAACCAGGUGGCUGUCUGGUCGGCCUCUAUUCCUUUCCUGUCCUUGAUUUCUUUCUUUCAGUAAGCACAGGGAUAAUCAAAGUGAGAUGCAGCAGAUUGCACUUACCAGGUUUUGGUGAGAACUGUCAUGUAAAUAGUCACUGAUAAAAGACUGACAACCCUUCAUAUGAACAAAGUAGUCAUAAAAAGACACUGAGUAGCUUUUGUAUGAAUAGAAUGCUAACAAAUGAAAAGUGAAUCUUUGAAAAUAAACUGAAAAAAAAAAGUGCCAACUCACAAAGGGCUGAAUCAUAGUUGUGUCACUCCUAACUCACUUGGCUGCAUGAAUUUGUUCUCUAAUGUUUGAACUGUGUGAUGACUACUUUGUGUGGUGUUUAAGUCUUACUUAGCAAUGUUUACUUACAUCAUGAUAACCACUGGUGUGGGAAUGUUACAAGUUUAUUUGCACUGCUAUAACACAUAGAACUUUUGAUGAAGUUGAGUGUAAAAGUUUUUUUUACUUAAAACACGAACGAAUGAACAUGGAUAUAAUGAAGUAAAUCAGAAAUGCUUCUUGCCGGUAUCAGCGUGUAAUGAAUAUAUGCUUAUAAUGAAUAUAGGAUGUACCUAACAGCAUUGUUUUGUGUUGGGUGCCUCUUUGUUAAAUGAGGUUCGACUGCACAGCUUUAAAAAUCCUGCAUAGUGGUAGAAACUGCAGAUGACAGAGUAGUGUAAUAAUUCUGAGGUGAAAGUGUAUUCUCUGAUCCAGAGAAUAUGCUAGCUUUAGUGCUUUAUGUCGUCUAGCCUAUGCCAUUUUUGAAAGUGUAUUUUUGGAAUUCAGCCUUUGGAGUAUCGAUUAUGUUGUGCAAUUAAAGGGCCCCUGAAACGGUUCUGAGAAAUAUUGUAGAUGCAUAGGGUACAGCUAAAGUUAAUAAUUCGCACCACAAUUUGUGUGAAACGUCUCUUAUUAAGAGAGCUACGGACGAUUACAAGUUACCUUCCUCCACAGUCAUGCAUUUUCUCCUUAACUUUUUCGCUGAGUGAUCGGGGCUAAACUCACUCCGUCUUCACUGGCUCUACGUCAUGAUGGCACGUCGUGUCGUCAACUUAUGGUUCUCUAGGAGCACGUGCGCGAAGCCUCUCCAAACUCUCCACCAGCUGCUUGGCAGUCGACCCCAAGCGAAAGCUAUCGAAGCAGCGUGCGUUGCAAGCAUUCUGUUGAAGCGCUGAACAUGUCUGGUAUUCCAGCAACCACAGGCAAGCUGGGCGUUUCGGCAGAUGGCUGGAGGCAUAAACUCCAGCUGAUAAAGGAACUUUAGCGUAGACGUACGUGAGUGGCCUGAUCAGUCUGCACAGUCCAACCACUUGUUGGCACAGAGCUUAACCAGCCAAACAUUUUAAACAUUUACAAAAACAACGUGUUGAUGAUUACACUCCUGCGAAAAGUUUACGCCUGCAGCAAAGAAGAAUACAUUUCAUUAUUGCUACUGUGUAUGGUUGAGCUCUGUGCCACCAGGCGGCUGCACCGUGCAGACCAUUCACAUUUGCGCUUCUGCUCAUCCCAUUAAACGGCACAGUAAGGUGGCCAGGCCCUGUCCCCUGCCGCUUGCUUUUGCCCUAAUACCGGACUCGCGAAACGCUGUAAACUUUUGCUGUAAAGUGACGGCCGCAAAUGUGCAAAUCCUGGCGCCGAUCGGAUAGCGGCAGUCCGAUGCGCAGCAGCCAGUUCGCUUGUAUGCUGCCUUGCAGAGGGACACAAUGUCACAGCUUGACAUAUUGCCAGUCGCUAUGUUUCCAGUCCACAACGCAACAAAAUCGAAUCAUAGUGCUCGCGAAAAGACUGAGACUAACUCUGACCGCGGAGCUCUCAUCAAAAUGGAGUACGUCGUAAAACAAGCAGACGACGCUUGCUUGGUGCCGGAAGUGCUUAAGUGUAGUGAGAAAUUGUUAUUGUGCAUUCUCUUUCUGUUACUUUCUUUUUAUAGAAACAAAUUAACUAACAUUCCAACUAUUACGAACAUCAUUUGUUCACCAUAAUGGUGGAAAAAUUAUCGAUGACUGACAUGCUUUGGGCAGCCACUCGGAUAGCUCGCCCUACUGACAUCGAUUGGGUGAUUUACGUCAUGUGGGUCAGGGCGGCUGAAAAUUCCGCCCAGCAGUAUGCUGCGAUCAGCAGUGAUGUACACUUUUAAAACCUUGUAAUAAAUUACACGCUUUAUGUGGAGCACUCAGAUGCGUUAAUUAAUGAUCAGAAGGACCUACUCUAAAGACUCAGUACGGUUGUACAAAAUCGACAAAAUCGUUUCAGGCUCCCUUUAAUGCUUUGAGACCAAAAGCACAUGCUGCUUGAAAAACAUCCUUCAUAAUAUCCUUGUAAUGUACCUGCAAGUUUUAAUUUAAUAUUUAGGAGCCCACAAUGUGAGAAACUGGUGCAGUGUGUGGUAUAUGUGACUCGUCAUUCGAUGAUGCCUGCAAUUUGCCAAACCACGGCCUCGGAGAUGAUGUUUCACUUUUGGUGCAUUGGUGCAUUCACGAAAAUCUAUAUAUUGUUGAUCUUUUGUUGAAAGUGCAAUAAACUCCAAGUUUAUUUGUGCAAUGCAACCCAAUAUGCUACUGUUCAGUAUUUUUUUCUUCUGUGGUAUGUAUUGAAGGGACACUAAAGAGGAAUAUUCAGUUAACUGCAUUCUUAUUCUUCUUCUUCCUCUUCUUCUUCUUCUUAUUAUUAUCAUUAUUUUCAGUAGCCAUAAAACUACUCUCAUCAUUCUGAGAAUUCAGAAAAUAUGAGAAUGCAAAGAAACAGGUGGUUAAUGCUUGCUUGAACUUAUUAUAGAUUUUAACAGCAUCUAGUUAUGUCUAGUUAAUUGUUUAAUGGCAAAGAAGGACAACAUUGCAUUAUAAGCAUUGCACUAGAUGUAACUCCAUUUACAACACGUGUCAACUGCUUCAAGCAUUCUUUUUUCCCUAGAACUAUAGUAGAUUGGAAUAAGCUGACCUAUAAAACUGUAACACAGGACUCAUUAUCUCUUUUCGAGACAUAUCUCUAAUAAAAAACAUUUUUUGCACUUGCUGAGA